AUGAAUCGAAAUCAUAUUAUUGUACUCAUUUUAUUUGCUACGUUUUCUGUGGUCAAUUCUUUGCCACAGCAACUUGUUAAAAGAAAUGAUUGGGGAACAUGUUUCACUUCUGAAGGUGCCUUUCCACGCCUUAAUGUAGCAACCUCAUCGGGUUCUAUAGUUGAAGGUCAACAAGAAACAUUUACAGUUUCUGGGCCUCCUCUUCCGAAUGAUAUCAAUGAAGAUGACAGGUUUUACAUAUGGUUUGUCGAUGAUGAUGAUGAAAAUAAGCAAUUUCCUAUCUCUGAAACACCUGUCUGUGGAACAAAUGGUCUUCCUCAAUGCCCAAUUAAAGCUGGAACAGACUUUACCGUAUAUAUGAAUGUAAUGGUGCCUACUUUUCCUGACGCCUUCGAUGUUUAUGCUGUAAUUGGUCUUAGACCUGAUAGAACUUUAGGGUGUGCAUAUACUGUUGAGUGGCCUAACCCACCUAAGUUUGUAUAG